AAGCGAGUGAGCGCUCGCCCCGGCGCUUUACUAUGUAGGUGGGGCGAAGGAGGCCACAGUACAGCACUGUCAAGAAGUUUUUCGACUUCACAUUGUGGUUGUUGCAACGUCUUUUUUUACUAAGAAAUACAACAUAAAAGACAGAGGACAGGUGGUGUGAGGAAAAGUGGUGUGAUAAGAGGAGUGUGAGGCGGAAACGGACGCAGCCAUGGACGGUGUUUACGGAUGGGGCAUGACCACUAUUAACCCAGUCCAACCAGCGAGCCCUUACAUAGAGAUCAUCGAGCAGCCAAAGCAGAGGGGGAUGAGGUUCCGCUAUAAAUGUGAGGGUCGCUCAGCUGGCAGCAUUCCUGGAGAGAAAAGCAACGACACCACUAAGACCUACCCGGCCAUCAAGGUUCACAACUACAGCGGCCCGCUCCGGGUCCGCAUCUCCCUGGUGACAAAGAACCCUCCGCACAAGCCCCACCCCCACGAACUGGUUGGGAAAGACUGCAAACAUGGCUACUAUGAGGCCGACCUGCAGGAGAGACGAAUCCACAGUUUUCAGAACCUGGGCAUUCAGUGUGUGAAGAAGAAGGACGUCAACGAGGCCAUCACUUGCAGACUGCAGACCAGCAACAACCCCUUCAACAUUCCUGAGCCCAAGGUGUGGGAGGAAGAGUUUGACCUGAAUUCUGUGCGACUUUGCUUCCAGGCCACCAUCACCCUCCCCACGGGGGACAUGUUUCCUCUGCCGCCUGUCGUCUCGCAGCCCAUCUUUGACAACAGAGCCCCGAACACAGCCGAGUUGAAAAUCUGCAGAGUGAACCGUAACUCCGGCAGCUGCAGAGGAGGGGAUGAAAUCUUCCUCCUCUGUGAUAAAGUGCAAAAAGAGGACAUCGAGGUGCGGUUCUACCAGGACUCCUGGGAGGGGAAGGGCACGUUCUCUCAGGCUGACGUCCACCGGCAGGUGGCCAUUGUGUUCCGCACGCCUCCCUAUCACGACACUAACCUCAGCGAGCCCAUUAAGGUGAAGAUGCAGCUCAGACGGCCCUCUGACCGUGAAGUCAGCGAGCCGAUGGACUUCCAGUUCCUACCUGCUGACCCAGAUGAAUACAGGCUGACUGAGAAGAGAAAGCGUACAGGAGACAUGUUCCAGAACUUGAAGCUGGGAUCUAUGUUAUCAACUGUGUCCGUUCCACAAGACAGACGGCAAAUAAGCCUCGCACGGAGACCAGUUUCAGCUAAACUGACUUCAAUGAACACACAAGCAGCAGCGGAGGUUGCUCCUUCUGCCAGUGGGUUGAAACCCUUCUCAUACAAUCAACCAGGACAGCUGUUCUCAGUCCAGCCUAAGGUUGAGGCAUCUUCGUCCGUCUCUACGGUGACUACCAACCAAACCUGGAAGAUCAUGGAGAGCUUGAAGCUGGGCCCCACCAACCCGGUGCAGACCUUCACGAUGAGCUCCGUGUCGGCCCCUUCCUCCUCCACCACCUCCACCGCUGCCAACAACGAGUACUCCACUGUCAACCUGUCGGACCUUCACGAGUUCUUCCCCAACAUUUCCUCCCCCAUGGCCGAGGAGUCCGCGGCUUCUCAGGGAAGCGCCGCCGCCCCACAGACUGGCAGCACCUUCCCCCUGCAGGAGUCCCAGUUCCGGGUAGACCCCCCACUAGUAGACGACGAGAUCCCGGACUUCUCCAACUUCACUGACGCUCCGGGGCCGGGCACCCUGGACAGCCUCAACAUGGAUGAAUUCGAGGACCUUCUGAACCCACGCCUAAUGAGCGAGGCUGGAUCUGCCGCGUCCAUGCUGACAUCUUCCCAACAAGGAGUCCUCUCCAGCUCGGCUGCUGCGUCCCAGAACGGCGCCGCGUCCCAGAACCUCCCAGACCACGUCAACAACCCAGGAAGCACCUACAUGAAUUACCCCAACAGCAUCGCCAACCUCCUCCGGAACGAGGACAUGAUCGUCCUGGCGUCCAGCACCAACAUCAACCAGCAGCCCGCCAUGCUGGAUGACUUCGACGUGCUGAUGUCCGCCGACGAAGACCGCCUCAUUUCCAUUUUUAACAGCGGGAGCCAAGCCGGCUUUGUGUCAGGACACCCAACUUAAUUGUCUCCCACGAUUUGUAAAUCCCUUCCCUAAAGACUCAUUUAUUAAUGCAGACAUAAUAAAGGAUGCUGGACUGAAAAAGGGUCGAAGAGGCUUAAGGUAGCAAAAGUUCUCUCUGUGGAUAAACUCAUAGAAAUACUAUUACCAAAUGAGAAACCACAAGACCUGAACGAGUCUUGAUUUCAUUCAGCUCGUUGAAAACAAUCAUGGAUAAUGAUUUGCCACUAGUAAAGACUGGGCGUGAGUCAACCUGAGGUUGCCACAGUGGUUUAAAUUUGAAUUGAGAAUACCAUGAUACAAUGGUAUUAACUCAAUAGUUUAUGUUUAAAAUUGCCACCAAUCUCCUUGCUUUGCAACCUUUCUUCUUGACUGGAAGUGUGCAGCAAUAGGUGGGGGUAGCACCUAUAGGAACUUCAGUUUGUUGGAAACAUUUUUAUAGUAAAAAAAAAAAGAAGCAUUUUAAAUGUUUAAGGUUACCGAUGUAGCUGGCCCAUGCCUGGUAAAGACAUUUUGACGAAUACGUCAGUAAAGUUGUUCUGAAUAGAACAUGUGUAGCUUGUUUUAUUUUUGUUUUGUUUUUUUUUUGUUUGUACCGUCAGUGGAAUAAUUUUUGGUAGCUAAAAUAAUUUUCUUCACUGUAGGGCUGGGCGAUGAGACUUAAAAUUAAAUUUGCAA